GAGAGAGAAAAAGCUGAGCGAGAGCUCCCACUCGCGCUCUGCCUCGCUCCUCACUUCACUCCCCCGUUUGCUCGUCAAAGUACUCGGAGCUCCGACGCCCGCGUCGUAUGUGCCUUGCGGCCGCGCUUAGAUAGCCCCCGACACGCCGAGCUGCCCGUGCGGGGCCGGAACCGGUGUCCCUGGGCCUCGGCGAACCGAAACGACAAUGAUUCGCGACCAGCAGUGCCAGUGGCACGUCGCGGGCUUGCUGUUGCUCUCCCUCGACGUGACGUUUACACAAGUGGCCGCUGACAACUUCCAGAGGAAGUUUGCAGGGUCGCAUGGUCUUGGCCGCCGGCAGCUCCGAAGAAGCCUCGCAGACUCUGGAAGAAGAUGCGCACGGGAUCCCUGCCAGGCGACUCGAUCUUCAGCAGAUGGUGUUUGUCAUCCAAAGUCAGAGCAACUCUUUCCACGCCAGGCGGGCUGAAAAACGGCGAGAGGAUUUGCUCCAGCAGGCGCACGCUCAGUCCGUGAAACCACCGGCGGUUUUGCUCCUUCACACUUUAUCCGACAAUGAGGGAGACUGGAGCGUCCUUCCUCUGCUGCCUUAUUUGUCUCGCACCUUCGGCAAGAAUUCCUCGUGGAUGGUGUUCCUGGAAGAGGAGACCGGCGUAAAGACGACGAGGCUCGUCGAAGCGCUCGCCAAGUUUGACGAGAAAAAAGAAUGGUUCCUGGGGAAGCCGCUCCACGACGACGAGUCGACCAUCAUUCAUCACUACGCCUUUGCCGAGAACCCGCCCGUCUUCAAAUACCCCGACUUUGCUGCCGCCUGGGCCUUAAGCGUCCCCCUGCUAGUCCGGCUCGCCAACAAAGUCCGAGAGGAGCCACUGAAAUCGGACUUCACCAUUGACCUGAAACACGAAGUGGCCUUGUACAUUUGGGACAACGGCAACGGUCCUCGUUUGACCGCCGUGCCCGAGCUGUGCACGGAGCUCGAGGACUCCCCGAGUGCCAAGUUCUGCGCCACCGCGCUGCGCCCCGAGCCCCCCCCUUGUGGUGAGCCGGUACGUCAGGACAACGUCUUUGUCGCCGUGAAAACAUGCAAGAAGUUUCACAAAGAACGAGUGCCCGUCAUCAAGAAGACUUGGGAGAGGGACGCCGUCUACCUGGAGUAUUACAGCGACCACGCCGACGCUUCCAUACCCACCAUCGAUUUGGGAGUCGCCAACACUGAGAGAGGUCACUGCGGGAAAACGUUCGCCAUCCUCAAAAGAUUCGUCAGCGGCGCCGUCCCCGACGCCGAGUGGCUCCUCAUUGUGGACGACGACACGCUGAUCAGCCUCCCCAGACUGCGAUCGUUGCUCAGCUGCUACCAGCCGCGGGAAACCGUGUAUCUGGGCGAGCGCUACGGCUACGGCCUCGGCCAGGGAGGCUACAGCUACAUCACGGGAGGCGGCGGCAUGGUGUUCAGCAGGGAAGCGGUGGCGCGGCUCCUGCAAAGCGGCUGCAAAUGUUACAGCGACGACGCUCCCGACGACAUGGUGCUGGGAAUGUGCCUCAACGCUCUCGACGUUCCCGCCACGCACAGUCCGCUUUUCCAUCAGGCCCGGCCGGAGGACUAUUCAGCGGACUUACUUGCUCACCAGGUGCCCAUUUCUUUCCACAAACAUUGGAACAGCAACCCCGUAGUGGUCUUUAACCAAUGGCUGAGGGACGGCCGCCAUAAAAGCCCGGCCGCGCUCAAUGCCAAUGAAAGCAUCAAGACGGAGCUGUGAAGUAAGAAAAGAAAAAAAGGUCAAGCAACAAUGCCGUACGUGUGCUUUGAGCUUGCAUCUUGCCAAUAUUUAUAUAUGUUCAGUAUCAGAUGGAAACGGACGGGCAAUGUUCUCCCCGUUUAUGCUGUCAAAUCUAUUUUUAAAUAAAAUGUAUGUGCUUUUUAA